AGCGACGUGUCGGGGGGUCAGGGGUCGGACAGCUCGGGCUACGGCUACAGUGCCUCUGGUGGUGGUGGAGGUGGCAGUACUUACGGUGGAGGGGGUGGCAGCUCGGGCUACGGUAUGCCCAGCACUGGUAGCUACGGAGGUACGAGCGCUGGUGGCAGCUAUGGAGCCCCUGCCAGUGGAGGGGGCGGUUAUGGGGCGCCCAGUGGUGGCGGCUCAGGGGGCGGUAGCGAAGACCCUCAGGGUAUGUUUGGAAAGCCGUCGCUGGGGCAACGAUUACGCGGUGCCAGAGUCAGGGGGUUUGAGAAUGAUAUUGGUACCCGUAUGGGCAAUAUGAUAUUUGGCACGCCCCAGCCCCCGGUGCAAGUGGUCCGGGCUAACCCGCAGGGUGCCACCCGUAGUAGACGACCUAGGCAGUCUGGUACCCGGGCACGUGGUGGUAGUAGGUCCAGGGGUAAUGGUGGUCGUGGUGGUGCUAGAAGUAAUAGUAACCGUGGUGGUGGUGGUAACAGGGCACGUGGUGCAACAAGGUCACGUCGAAUAAUCGUGGUGGAAAUAGAGGUGCUAAUCGUGCCAGGUCAAAUAAUCAACGUGCACGCGGUGGACAAAAUCAAUCUAGGCGAAUUAAUGGUCAACGUGGUGGUGGUGGUCGAGGUGGUAGUAAUAAUCGGGGUCGACAAGCAAACCGAGCUAGGCGCAAUAAUAAUGCCAGAUCACCGCGUAAGUGUUAGUAUAGCCAGUGUCAAUUUUCUAGACUUAGCAUGGAACCCGAGUGGUUAGGCGUACGGGCACCGGUGGAGCUGAUUGUUAAUAAGUGGCCAGGGUGUUGUUGUUAUGUAGUA